CAAUUCAACAAUAUAAACCUGUUCAAGUUUCUAAUUUUAUCGAAGAUGACUAUGUAACUGAAGAAAAGACUGAAGAAGUUAUUAAAACAAGUCAAGCUUUAUCACUUCAACAAAAUAAAAGAAAAAUUGAACUUCAGGAUAAUCAAGAAAAUAAAAAAUAUAAAGAAUUUGAAGAAAAAAUAGUUAAUUUGAUAGAUAAUAUUGAAUCGAUUAAAGAAACUCAAGUCAAUAUUACUAAAGAUGCUAUUUCAAUUUCUGGCAAAU